CAGUAAUUAAUAUGACAUUUUAUACAGAAGAUGAGUACUACGACUACAGCGAUGAAUACACAUCAUGGACCACAGCUAGUAGUGAGCCGCAGAACUACAGCCGCAUGCGUUCGACCAUAGAAGCGACUGCCUCUGGCUUUUCUCUGUCAGCACCCAUCUGGACCUUCCGGUACUUAACUGAAAAUUGUUCCGUCGUAGAAGUACCCGACCCUUAUAUAGACGACUGCAAUGGUUCCCAGAACGCAGCCUCCGACAGCAACAGCCUCGAUAGACGCGACCUUUCCUCCAACACGUGGGAAUGCUCAAAGCCUCGUUGUGAACUUUGGGUGCGCCGCGAUUACGAUAAAGGUCACCAUAGACAAGGGGAUCUGAGAAAUUCGUACUGCUGUGAAAAAUUCUUCAACAGUUCGUGUGCCACUUCGACUAUAGUACGAGUAUACGACGAUAAUAAAUGCCUCCACAAAGAAGAGGCGCCACAUUGUUAAUAAAUAAAG